GUCUCCACCCUCUGCAGCGAGCCAGGCUCUGCAGGCGAGGAAGCUGCAGAACACCAUUGACGGCCUACUGAAUCCCAGCAGUGCCUGAUGCCCAUUAGUUCCUGGGCUGGACUCAGGGAGCUGGGGGGCCAUGACCAGUUCAGAAUCCUUGCUAUUCACCUCUCUAGGCCCCAGUCAAAAUUCUGGAGAUGGUGGUUGCAAGUUUAAUGAGGAGUUCAAGUUCAUCUUGUUGCCUGUGAGCUACGGGGUUGUCUUUGUGCUGGGCCUAGCCCUCAAUGCUCCAACCCUCUGGCUGUUCCUCUUCCGCCUUCGACCCUGGGAUGCAACAGCCACUUACAUGUUCCAUUUGGCAUUGUCAGACACCUUGUAUGUGCUGUCACUGCCCACCCUCGUCUACUACUAUGCUGCCAGAAACCACUGGCCCUUUGGCACUGGCUUCUGCAAGUUUGUCCGCUUUCUCUUCUACUGGAACCUCUACUGCAGUGUCCUUUUCCUCACCUGCAUCAGUGUGCACCGCUACCUGGGCAUCUGCCACCCACUGCGGGCCCUACGCUGGGGCCAGCCUCGAUUUGCAAGACUUCUCUGUCUAGCUGUUUGGUUGGUGGUAGCUGGCUGCCUCGUGCCCAACCUGUUCUUUGUAACAACUAGCCCCAAUGGAACCACCACUCUGUGUCAUGACACCACUCGGCCUGAGGAGUUUGACCACUAUGUGCACUUCAGUUCGGCAGUUAUGGUGCUGCUCUUUGGCUUGCCCUUCUUGGUAACCCUGGUCUGCUAUGGACUCAUGGCCCGGCGACUAUACCGACCUUUGCCGGGAGCUGGACAGUCAUCAUCUCGGCUCCGUUCCCUCCGCACCAUUGCUGUUGUGCUGACUGUCUUCGCUGUCUGUUUUGUGCCUUUCCACAUCACCCGCACGGUUUAUUACCUGGCAAGGCUGUUGAAAGCUGACUGCCGGGUGCUGAACAUUGUCAACGUGGUCUACAAAGUGACCCGGCCCCUGGCUAGUGCUAAUAGCUGUCUGGAUCCAGUACUCUAUCUGUUCACUGGGGACAAGUAUCGAAGCCAGCUGCAGCAGCUAUGCAGAGGUAGCGGGCCCCAGCCCCGAACAACUGCCUCCUCCCUGGCCUUGGUGACCCUACAUGAGGAAAGCAGCAUCAGGUGGGCAGACACCCACCAGGACAUCAUCUUCCCUACCUAUGGGGGAGACAGUACCCUGGGCACUGGGUAUGAAAGGAAGGGGGCUAACUGCAGGACAGAGGGAAGUGAGCCCAUUAGUGACACUUGAUAAGGGCAUCAGCUGCCAUC